AUGAGCAGCGCCGCCACACAAAGGCUCACAUCAAAGCGGCAAACGCUCGACGAGGCCUACGCACCGCCGGCAAACUUUUUGGAAAUCGAGGUCGUCAACCCGAUCACGCAUGGGGUCGGAAAGAUGCGAUACACCGACUACGAGAUUCGGAUGAGGACAAAUCUGCCAGUGUUCAAGCAAAAGGAAUCGAACGUGCGAAGGCGAUACUCUGAUUUCGAGUGGUUGCGAGGCGAAUUGGAACGGGAUAGCAAGAUUGUGGUGCCUUCUUUGCCUGGGAAGUCGUUAAAGCGACAGCUUCCUUUCCGCUCCGAUGACGGGAUUUUCGAAGAGGAGUUCAUCGAGAAUCGCCGAAAAGGAUUAGAGCAAUUUAUUAACAAGGUAGCUGGCCAUCCACUUGCCCAAAACGAGCGAUCGCUUCAUAUCUUCCUUCAAGAAACCACCAUUGAUCGCAACUAUGUACCAGGAAAAAUUCGAUCCGCU